AAAAUCCAAAUCUAGAAAGAUUCUUUUGUCCCUGUAUAUAAAACCAAAAUGUACAUAGAAACCCUGCCUCUUUGCUCUUCUUGUUCCGCUCACAACAACCUCCAUUCGCACGUUCCCUAAGUCCCUCUCUUGCUCGGCGUCUGCGUCCCCGCUGGUAAAACAGCAGCGGAAAGCCGCUCUUCGUGCUGUCUCUGUCCCGUCAGCGUUGUUGUGUUUCUCUGUAAUCCGUUUCUCCAUAUCCGUCGCCGUUAUACCGCCGUAGUCGUCCGUCAACAGCAUAAGAGGUUUUUGGUUCUCAAUGACAAUUAAUAGUUCAACCAUAAUAUUUCUGGUUCAUUCUUCUAAAUAAUGGCCUACGCGGUGUCAUUUCCUGGUGUUCAUUUUGUUCCAUUGGGAAGAAUUCUGUGCAGACAUGACAGAUUCAUUUUAGCUGCACAUUCAAAUAGGAGAAGAUCAACAAAGAAUGUCCAGCUUCCACGACGUGCCAAGCAACCUCCAGAGUUUGGCGUUAAUCUGUUCUUGAAGAAGCCUAGCCCCACCCCUGAAACAAGAGAGGAAAAUACUGAUUUCCGUGAAGGAGGAUCUAUUGUUGCCAACGAAGAGGAAGAAGAGGAAAAAGAAAAUACUAUUGUUCUUUGGGAAUCUGAUGAGAUUGAAGCCAUCUCUUCCUUGUUUCAAGGGAGAAUCCCACAGAAGCCUGGAAAAUUAGAACGGAAAAGACCUCUUCCACUUCCAGUUCCCUACAAGCUUCGACCCUUGGGACUACCUACACCAAAACGACUAGUGAAAUUAGCAGCUCCAGCAGUAGCUUCAUCCCGUGCUUCUAUGGCUAAGAAAGUGUAUAAGAGCCCAAGUUUCCUAGUUGGGUUAGCAAGAGAGAUCAAUAAGCUUAAACCAGACAAAGAUGUAUCUAUAGUUCUUGGAAAAUGGGUGCAGUUCCUAAGGAAGGGAUCCUUAUCAAUGACAAUACGGGAAUUAGGUCAUAUGGGGCUACCUGAGAGAGCUUUGCAGACAUUCAAUUGGGCACAAAAGCAACAUCAUCUCUACCCAGAUGGUUGGAUUCUGGCCUCAACGGUUGAAGUUUUGGCCAGGAACCAUGAGUUGAAGAUUCCAUUCAACAUCGAAAAGUUCACUGCUUUGGCAAGUCGUGGUGUUUUGGAGGCAAUGAUAAAGGGUUUCGUUAAAGGCGGAAACCUUAAGCUUGCAUUGGAGGUUCUUUUAGUUGCAAGAAGGGACAGAAGAAUGUUGGAUCCAAGCAUUUAUGCGAAACUGAUAUUAGAACUUGGAAAGAACCCUGAUAGACACAAGCAUGUAGAGUCAUUAUUAGAUGAACUUGGAGAAAGAGACGAAUUGAAUCUAAGCCAGCAAGAUUGUACAGCUAUAAUGAAAGUGUGCAAUAAGAUAGGGAAAUUUGAAUUAGUCGAGAGCCUGUUUAGCUGGUUCAUACAGUCCAGUUCCAAACCAAAUGUUGUCAUGUUCAGUUGUUUGAUUCACAGCCGCUACAUGCAGAAGAAAUACAGGGAGGCAUUGGCUGUAGUUUGGGAAAUGGAGGCUUCAAACUGCCUCUUCGAUCUUCCGGCUUAUCGUGUGGUGAUAAAGCUGUUUGUUGCUUUGAAUGAUCUACCUAGAGCUGUGAGAUAUUUUUCAAAGCUUAAAGAAGCAGGAUGUUCUCCCACUUAUGGCAUAUACAAGGACUUGCUUGGAAUCUACAUGGCCUCCGGAAGAAUGGCAAAGUGCAAGGAUAUCUGCAAGGAGGCAGAGGAAGCAGGAUUCAAGCUGGAUAAAUAUUUGGCCUCACCCGAUUUGACGAAUCAAAAGCAAUAGGUUUUCAUAAUCUUGCAGCUUCUAGUUGUUUAUAUCAAUUCUUAAUCAUUCUUAAUGCUGUAAUGGCUACUAUGCCAUUAUAAGCUUCCAUGUACAUUCUGUUAUGAAGGAUGAGGGGCAGAAAAAUUUGCAGUAUACAAGUGAAUUGUGAAAACCACUUGUAUCUUGAGCCAUUUAUAAACAAAAGCAAACUAGGAAAAGUUAGGGGCCGAUUGGUUUAGGCGUAAUGAAAAUAAGACAUGAAAAUAUGAUUGAUUAAACAUUUUAAAAAUAUUUUCAACGAAAACAUUUUAAAAAAACAAAACAAAGUUAAAAA